UUUUUACGCCGAAACCAGAAAGAAACAUAAACAUUAAGUCAAAAAUCGAUUAAAGGGCAACCCGUCAAUCGCUUUAGCAAAACGUUCGAACUACUUUGUCUAAAGUCUCUAAUCUGAAAUCAAAACACUCUGCAAAAAUAAAGAUAGAGAAAGAGAGAGAGAGAAUAAACAAAUAAGGAUAUCGAAACAAAUACCGAUACAGAUAAAUGUAAAUGUAUAUGUCGCUGUGUGUGUGUGUGUGGAUGUGGAUGUGGUUGUGGAUGUAGAGCAUUCGCCGCAUAGGCCGUGUUAAGGACGAAGUGGAACAAAUCCCCAAGCCACACUUAAGGCAUAAAUCCAAACUCAAUCACGCAGCAGCAAAGGUAGAGGUCGCCCAUCCGUAUACAUAUGUACACAGUACAGUAUUCACAUUUACAAUCCAAAUACUGAGACUUAGACAGUGUGGCAGAGACAGAGACAGAGUCGGAGACGGAGACAGAGAUAAACGAUGUUGUAGCUGCCCCAAGUGUCUGCCCCUGAUAGCACUGCGGUAAUCAUCAUCAGAGCAUCAUCAACAUCAUCGGCAUUAAGUUGGCUCUCCACCUCAGUGCUGCCGGAAAAAUGUUGAUUUAGUUUGCGGCCAGGACCUGAGCGUUGUGAAAAUGCCAACACACCCCUCGACCGGAUACUCAAUGACAUUUCAAGCCUGAUUCAAGGACGUGCAAACGCAAACCAAAGUAAAGGCCAAAAAUUAAGCUGCCCCCCUACCAAUAACAGCAACAACACCAACAACAACAGACUAGGAAGGCACAAGCCAUCUGCAGGACAUCAACAUGGCAAGUUGCAACAAUUUGUGGAAUUUGACAACAUUCGCAUGCAGUUUUAAUGAUGGCUAUGCUCAAGAUGCUGUUGUCGUUGCCGUCAGCCACGGCUGAGCUGUGUGUAGGCUCCACUUCUUGCCACAUUGUGUGCCAAUAUGCGGCCCCCAAUGCCAAUGCAGUCGACUGCAUUGCAGCCGAAUGAUGCAUUUCAGCAGGAGCACGUUCAUGUCCACGCAACGCCAGCAGGACCACAGCCACAGGCCAUACAGCAUUCUCACUCGCAUUAUCCCCAUCAAGGAUUAGAGUUGCAUGCGCAGCAACAGCAGCAGCUCCAACAUCAGCACCUGAAUCAGGAGCUGCUAACAACGCACAAGGCCAAACUGCCGCCGCUCGAGCUGCUCGUGGAGCACAAGCUCAGCUACAGCUCGGCAGCCACAUAUCAUCAACAACAACAACAGCAACAGCAGCAACAAAAGCAACAACAAAAACAACAGCAACAACAGACACAGGCGAUCCUUAAGGAUACCAGACGGCAUUCAAACGAUCUCAGACAUUCCUUGAGCAGCCCAUCGUCCAGUGACGAUUGCUUGAGUGCUGCACGUGCCUCCAUCUUUGAUGACGCCGCCGAGAAUUUCAUCAUUAACUUUCCAGCGGAAUCAUCGCUGCAGCUGCAGCCACUGUCGGAGACGGUGCCACUGCUGACGCACAUCGAGGCCACUGUUGUCGACAAGCAGCGUUCCAUACGCCUCGACAAGAACAGUGCCUCGCUCAUCUUUACCAAAAAGGAGCUCAGCCCCAAUAGCAACAAGAGCGCCGCCCAUCCGUCGCAGCAGCAACAGCAGCGACGUCAGCAUCACAGCCUUUACGGUGCCGGCGAACGGCAGCGUAAACAGACAAAACAUUUGCCGGCUACGCAGCGCGGACAGCAGCAUCGACGCAGUCUACCGCUUAGCUACAACAACAACAACAACAACAAUAACAAUCUGGUGACCACACCUGCAUGCAAUAGCGCCGGCACGGCUGGCCCCAAUUGUGUCACAAAGCAUCACACACGCAGCCACAACCACAACCACACCCACAACCAUACCCAUACCCACACGCACACACACAGUCACGCAGGCGUGGGGCUGACAUCGCCAACGUCGAACGGCGCCGGCGCCGUUGUUUCCUACUCCUGGUACGCGCCAGUCUACAGUGCGCUCGAGGAGGAGCUGGAGCAGGAUUCGAGGGAUUCUUCACCAAUUCACAAUCUGGCCAACACAAAGCACCAGCAACGCGCAGCCAGCAGCCAGCACAGUGGCAACGCCUCGCAUGCCGCGCAUGCAGCGCCGCCGCAGCACGACUCGGACACAAACGAGACAGUUGCGCUGCUGGAGACGCAGACGCGCAACAAGAUCAACAUCAUUACGCCGGGCGAGGCUGCUGGUGCUGAGCGCAAGGUGCCGUCGUCUCAGCCGCGCAUCUCUCUGUCCCUACCCAAUUCCCAGAACAACAAUCACUCGCACUCUGCCAGCAGUUUGGGUAAUGCAACUGGAACGGGAACGGGAACUGGAACGGGAACCGGGACCGGUGCUGGGGAUGUGGAGAGCUCGUUGGGACUGUCGGCAGCUCAGUUGCCGCGUCGUCGACGCUUCGAAAACUUUCUCAAGUCGCUGGUGGGCCUCAAGGGCAGCAGCAGCAGCAGCAGCAGUCGGGAAAAGGAACGCGAACGCGAUCGUGAGACGACAACAAAUUUGCGACCCGCCUCGCCGGAGAUACGGAUUACGCGCACACCCUCCGAACAGGAUGUGGUGCUCCGUGACCCCGCUGGCCGCCAUCACGAUCAUCAGCAGCAGCAGCAGCUAGCCAAUGGCAGCAGCAGUCGGCUGAGCAUCAGCGGCUCGAGCAACUCACUGAAUGUGGUGCAGCAGAAGCUGUGGCACAUGAUGCGACGCGAGGGCAGCGCCAGCAGCCUGCACCAGGAGAAGUCUCAAUCCAUUGUCCAAUACACGGGCUUGCGCAAGUGCGAAACGGUGCUGGCCCUCACUCGACAGAGCCACACGCUGCAUCCGAUGGGUGGCGGCGAGGGAACGGCCGUUAUGCUUGCCCCACACGGCGGCAGCGGCAUCUUCAGUUCGGGUGGUGUUGAGCAAAUACGGCCACUGAAUCGACUGCGGCACAGUGUGAACAGCAUCAAUGGUGGUGCCGGUGGCACCUGUUCACGUUGCUCCAGUUUAUUGUCAUUGGCGGCGACCGGUUCGCGUUACUCGCUGGCCAACGGAUUUGUGGCACGGCCAGAAUCGGUGCACUCCUUGAACUAUGCCGCACAAGGCAGGCGACCCAGUUUUGUCAGUUUUGUGGAUGACACCGAAGAGCAGCAACAGCAUCAGCACAAGGAGCCCAUGCACAUCAAUGUCAAUGCACAGAUCCGACUGAGCAGUGGCUGCAACAAUGCUGUUGCAGUUGCAGCUACAGCCACAAACACAACUGUUCCUUCUCCUGCACCAUCUGCUCCUCCAGCACCAACUUGUGGCUCACUUAAGGGUUCCGGCAGCCUGCACAGCGCGAGCAGCACAAGUCCGCCAUCGAAUGUGACAACAGCCACGUUGCACUCGAACAACAACAACAACAACAACAAUAUCCUCGGCGGUGUUGCCAUUGAGGAGCAGGUGGCAACGCCGUGCAGCGCAACUGGCAUCGAACUGGGCGCCUUUGGAACAACUCACGCAUAUCCGCUGACUGUCAGCUCGCUGCUCUCGAUGGCCAGUGCCAAUCAGGCGGCCCAGGCCUGUUGUGUGCGCGAUGGCAUAACGUUGCAGCGACCCGAUAUGCUCGCCUCCGCGGAAGUGACGCCCUCGGUGGGCACACCGGCCACGCCCAUCACACAGCUCAACUUUCAGCAAUUCACGUGCAAGUUGUGCCUCAUCGAUGUGGAGAGUGGCGCGGAUGCAACAACUUUGCUGCAAUGCGGCUGUCAGUUUUGCACUGAGUGCAUGCGCGCCUAUGUGGACUUUGAGAUAACGGAAGGCGCCUACGAGAUCUCCUGCCCCGAUGCCAAAUGCCCAACACAGGGCGCCAUCUCGCUGCCCGAAAUUGCGAACCUAUCCACAACGAAUCUGCUUAAAAAGCAUCAUCGUUAUCGACUAAAUCGAGAAAUCGAAUUGGACAAGACGCGCACCUGGUGUCCACGUGCUGGCUGCGAGACAAUUUGCAUGGUCGGUGGCAGCACUGCGGUGGCUUCGACUACUAGUGCGGCUGCUGGUGCGGCUGCUGGUGUGAGUGGUGCGGCUGGUGCUGCUGGUGGCAGCUCCAUUUGUCAAAUGGAUGAGUCGCCAUCCACAUCGCAGAGCUACACACCACAACUCGAUGGCGCUGCGCCGCUUUUAUCGAUAUCCGUGCACUGUCCCUCCUGCAAGGACGAGUUCUGUGCGCUCUGCAAAAAGGCGUAUCAUCCGAACAUAAGUUGCGAGGAGUUUGGACGUCGCCUGAUUGCUGAUGGUCAGGAUGAUAUUGGGAUACCGUUCGACAACGAGCUCAUCAAAUGCUGCCCGAUGUGCGCGGUGCCCAUUGAGAAGGACGAGGGCUGUGCCCAGAUGAUGUGCAAGCGUUGCAAGCACGUCUUCUGCUGGUACUGCCUGGCCAGUUUGGAUGAUGACUUUCUGCUGCGGCACUACGACAAGGGUCCGUGCAAGAAUAAAUUGGGUCAUUCGCGUGCCUCCGUUGUGUGGCAUCGGGCACAAGUAAUUGGCAUCUUUGCCGGCUUUGGCAUACUACUUUUGGUGGCAUCGCCGCUGCUGCUGUUGGCGGCGCCGUGCAUUAUAUGUUGCAAGUGCCGUGGCUGCAGCGGCUCCAAGAUAGAUGAGGGCGAUGCCGAGCUGGAGGACGAGGUGACCGCUUUGCAGGGCUAGCUUCAUAGCUACCAUUUUUUGCGAUCAAUAACCAUUUUUGAAAUUGCGUGCAAACCCACUUUAGUAGCAGCAGCCUGCAACCUGCAGCCUGCCCCCUGCCCCUUUUUAACAAAAUAAACCUGACUAGUUAUUUUAAACACUUGCUACUAGAUGCAGAUGCAUACAUGUAUGUAUGUAUGUGGUUGCAACAAUUGUGAGGCGGGAGCGAAGAACAGUUUAAAUUUAUUUUUAUUGUAUGCAUUGUAUAGUAUGUGUUAACUAAAUUGUGAUAUUUACAGUGAUUCGAUUUUUAAUUGAAUCGAAAUUUGUUGAACCUAUACAGAGAACAAGAGCGCGCCUUUGAUUCUUAUUUUUCGUGUUUUAGGUUUCGUUGUGUCGAUUUCUUUACGAAUGUACAUACAUUAUAUAUUUAU